AUGUUCACGAGUAGUUGGCACUACUUCCCGCGGCACGGAGAGCGUCUGGGAGUGAUUGUGAAGGGCUGCACACAGGUUACUUGUCAGGUUUAUUGGGAUGUAAGUCAUGGUGAAUAUAAUUGACAUUGUAAAUAUUUGAAAAUUUGAUUAUUUGAAAAAAAAAUGUUGUCAUCAAUUUGAACUUUAAAAAUUCAAUUUUAAUCAAUUUCCCGAGAUUUUUAUCCGCGAGGGAAAGACUUGACCCAUUUUGACCUAAAUGAGUCAAGUCUUCCUCUCAUGCCGAAAAUGGCCGUAAAAUUGCCAAAAAUCAUUUUAGAUAGUAAAUUUAGUCUCCAAGCAGACUAAAAAUAUUUUUUUUACGAAAUAUUUCCUUUUGAAACUAUCUCAAUCUCCAAAAAUUCAAUUUUCAUCAAUUUCCCGAGACUUUUUUCAGCGAGAGAAAGACUUGACUCAGUUUUGACCUAAAUGAGUCAAGUCUUCCUCUCAUGCUGAAAAUGGCCGUAAGAUUGCCAAAAAACAUUGUAGAUAGUAAAUUGCAUCUCUUAGUUGAUUAAAAAAUAAUUUUUUACCUAAAUAUUCACCUGUAAAACUAUCUCGAAUUUUAUAAGUUCAAUUUUCAUCAAUUCACCGAGACUUUUGGCCGCGAGAGAAAGACUUGACCCAGUUUUGACCUACAUGAGUCAAGUCUUCCCUUCAUGUCAAAAUCGCCAUAAAAUUGCCAAGAAUCAUUUUAGAUAGUAAAUUUAGUCCCAAGCAGAAUAAAAAAUUAUUUUUUUACCAAAUAUUUCCCUUUAAAGCUAUCUAAAUCUCCAUAAAUUCAAUUUUCAUCAAUUUCCCAAGACUUUUUGCCGCGAGAGAAAGAUAAGUGAGUCAAGUCUUCCUCUCAGUCAAACAUCGCCGUAAAAUUGCCAAAAAUCAUUGUAGAUAGUAAAUUGUGAUUCUAAGUUGAGUAAAAAAUAAUUUUUUUCGUAAAGGUAUUACGAAAACCUAUGAACUAUGUCGAACUUCAUAAAUUCAAUUUUCAUUAAUUUCCCGAGAUUUUUGGCCUCGAGAGAAAGACUUGACCCAUUUUUGACCUAAAUGAGUCAAGUCUUCCUCUCACGCCAAAAUUGCCAUAAAAUCGUCAAAAAUCACUGUAGAUAGUACAUUGUUUCUCUAAGUUGACUAAAAAAUUGUUUUUUCACUAAAUAUUCCUCAUGAAACAGCUAAUUUUAGUCCCGACCGGAGUGGGAAGAUACCGUAGCCGUGAUGCUAUGGAUCGCGUUCCUGAUUGGAAUCGUACUGCUAACAUGGACUGUAGUCGCAUAUUCUUGUCUAUUUACUCCCGGAUUUUUCGUUGGCACCACGAUUUUGAGCGCUUUGGCCACGAUCUGUCUGCUCAUUGGGGUUAGCCUGUUUGGUGCGAAAAAUGGAAGCGAAACGGGUAAGAACGAUCCAAAAAACAAAUAUAAACUACACUUUUACAUUGUUUACAAUCUGUCGAAUUUGAUUUUAAUUGUUUUCGAAUUGGAUUUUGCACUUUUCUAUCAAAAACAUUGGAUUUUCCACAAAAAUCCGGAUAUUUUCGAAAUUUUCGUCGAUUACAGUAUGAAUCUCAAACUUUUGACCUUUCCAGUCACCCACGCCGACAAUACGGACUGGCUAACGAGCGUCGGCUUCAGUUUUUGGUUCGCGAUCACGGCGACAGCCCUCUUUUUCGGCACCACAAUAUUAUCCUUGACCGCUGCUGUUGUUUUCUAUUCUAUGAAGUUGUAUCGAUAA